CCUUCUCGAAGGAGUUACGCCCUCGGCACCACCAGAUGUACCACCUAGAAAUCCCACAAUGAGCCGCAUGAAUAAUGGUCGUUUAGUGGCUGCCAAUCCAAAUGAUUUGGGUGUCGAUUUUGAGCCCUCAUGUUUGGUGCGUACACCAUCGGGCAACGUAUACAUUCCCAGCGGUAAUUUAAAUAUGAACAAGGGUUCACCUAUUGAUUAUAAAAGUGGCUCGGCUUGUUCGACACCCACCAAGGAUACAUUAAAAGGUUACGAACGUUCGGCUAAUAAUUGUUUGGGUCCAGUGCUUCCGCCCCGCAGUGUUAUGAGCGGCAUACCUUCCCAUCAUUAUUCGGCACCCAUGAAUUUUCGCAAAGAUUUAGCUGCACGCUGUUCGGCUAAAUGUGUGGCCAUUGUAGCGGUAUCGGUAUUUGUGGCCAUGUGUGUUUUGUUAAUAUUUUUAACAGGAUUUGGUGUUCUUCAUUGGUCUCCCUCUGCCCCAUGUACAGUUCUAGUCGGCAAUGAGGCCUCUGAGGUAACCGCCGCCAAAAGUACUAAUACCGAUCUCUCGAAAUUGCACAAUUCCUCGUUACGCUCAAAAACCGGACAAUCCACCAUGGUAACAACGGCCACCUCUUCGCUGUCUUCCUCACAGGCGGCAGCUUCUUCAUCAGCAUUUCAGUCUACCUCUGCCUCUUCAGUGGCUGUGGGUGGUUCAGCGGUGGCUACUUCAUUGUCAUCGUCCUCCUCUUCGAUAUCGUUGUCUUCAUCGACUUCGCUGUCAUCACCAUUGGCAAAUGCCAAUAAUGGAGGUGCUCGUACAUUCCCUGCCCGUAGUUUUCCGCCAGAUGGUACAACUUUUGGUCAAAUUACUUUAGGACAAAAGUUAACCAAAGAAAUCCAACCCUACAGUUAUUGGAAUAUGCAAUUCUAUCAAUCGGAACCGGCCUAUGUGAAAUUUGAUUAUACCAUACCGAGAGGAGCCUCAAUAGGUGUUUAUGGCCGACGUAAUGCUUUACCCACACAUACACAAUAUCAUUUUAAGGAGGUUUUAAGUGGUUUUAGUGCCAGUACUAGAUCUACUAGAGCGGCCCAUCAAUCGAUAACACGUGAAGUUACCCGUUAUAUGGAACCAGGACAUUGGUUUGUUUCCCUCUACAAUGAUGAUGGUGAUGUUCAAGAAAUCACUUUUUAUGCCACUAUUGCCGAAGAUAUGACACAAAAUUGCCCGAAUGGUUGUUCGGGUAAUGGACAAUGUUUACUAGGACAUUGUCAAUGUAAUCCCGGUUUUGGUGGUGAUGAUUGUAGUGAAAGUGUUUGUCCUGUUCUAUGUUCUCAGCAUGGUGAAUAUAUAAAUGGUGAAUGUAUAUGUAAUCCAGGAUGGAAGGGUAAAGAAUGUUCGCUACGUCAUGAUGAAUGUGAAGUGGCCGAUUGUAAUGGUCAUGGUCAUUGUGUUAGUGGAAAAUGUCAAUGUAUGCGUGGUUAUAAGGGAAAAUUCUGUGAAGAAGUCGAUUGUCCACAUCCCACUUGUUCUGGUCAUGGUUUCUGUGCUGAAGGUACUUGUAUCUGUAAGAAAGGCUGGAAAGGACCCGAUUGUGCAACUAUGGAUCAAGAUGCUCUACAAUGUUUACCCGAUUGUUCAGGACAUGGUACUUUCGAUUUGGAUUCACAAACCUGUAGCUGUGAAUCGAAAUGGAGUGGUGAUGAUUGUUCCAAAGAACUUUGCGAUCUAGAUUGUGGUCAACAUGGACGUUGUGUGGGUGAUGCCUGUACCUGUGACGAAGGUUGGGGUGGUGAAUACUGUAAUACGAAACUAUGCGAUUCACGUUGUAAUGAACAUGGUCAAUGUAAAAAUGGUACUUGUUUGUGUGUGACCGGUUGGAAUGGUAAACACUGUACCAUAGAAGGUUGUCCCAAUUCCUGUUCGGGUCAUGGUCAAUGUCGUGUUAGCGGCGAAGGUCAGUGGGAAUGUCGCUGUUAUGAAGGCUGGGAUGGUGCUGAUUGUGGUAUCGCCUUAGAAUUGAAUUGUGGUGAUAGCAAAGAUAAUGAUAAGGAUGGCUUAGUGGACUGUGAAGAUCCCGAGUGUUGUGCCAGUCAUGUUUGCAAAACUUCUCAAUUGUGUGUCUCGGCACCCAAACCCAUAGAUGUUUUAUUGCGCAAACAGCCUCCGGCUAUUACUGCUUCAUUCUUUGAACGCAUGAAAUUCUUAAUAGAUGAAAGUAGUUUACAAAAUUAUGCCAAAUUAGAAACGUUUAAUGAGAGCCGUUCUGCUGUUAUACGAGGCCGUGUGGUUACUUCCCUAGGCAUGGGUUUAGUGGGCGUACGUGUCUCUACUACUACUUUAUUGGAGGGCUUUACCUUAACCCGUGAUGAUGGCUGGUUUGAUUUAAUGGUUAAUGGUGGUGGUGCAGUGACUUUACAAUUUGGCCGUUCUCCCUUCCGUCCUCAAUCGCGUAUUGUUCAAGUUCCCUGGAAUGAGGUUAUUAUCAUAGACACAGUCAUCAUGUCCAUGUCGGAGGAGAAAAGUGUGGCUUCUACCACUCAUACCUGUUUUUCUCAUGAUUAUGAUCUUAUGAAACCGGUGGUGUUGGCCUCUUGGAAACAUGGUUUCCAGGGUGCCUGUCCCGAUCGCAGUGCUAUAUUGGCAGAGUCUCAGGUCAUCCAAGAAAGCCUACAAAUCCCUGGCACUGGUUUGAAUUUGGUUUAUCAUUCCUCCCGUGCCGCUGGUUAUCUUUCCACCAUUAAGUUGCAGUUAACUCCCGAAUCGAUACCCUCCACCUUACAUUUAAUUCAUUUACGCAUUACCAUAGAAGGUAUAUUGUUUGAGCGUAUUUUUGAGGCCGAUCCUGGCAUUAAGUUCACCUAUGCCUGGAAUAGAUUGAAUAUUUAUCGCCAGCGUGUGUAUGGUGUUACCACAGCCGUGGUAAAAGUGGGUUAUCAAUAUACCGACUGCAAGGAUAUAAUCUGGGAUAUUCAGACCACCAAGUUAUCGGGUCAUGAUAUGUCUAUAUCCGAGGUAGGCGGCUGGAAUUUGGAUAUACAUCAUCGCUAUAACUUCCAUGAGGGUAUUUUGCAAAAGGGUGAUGGUUCUAACAUAUACUUAAAGAAUAAACCUAGAGUUAUCUUAACCACCAUGGGUGAUGGUCAUCAGAGGCCUUUGGAGUGUAUGGAUUGUGAGGGCAUGUCUUUGAAACAAAGACUAUUAGCUCCUGUUGCUUUGGCCGCUUCUCCCGAUGGCAGUUUAUAUGUGGGCGAUUUCAAUUACAUACGUCGCAUUAUGACCGAUGGUACUGUGCGCACGGUGGUGAAACUUAAUGCCACACGUGUUAGCUAUCGUUAUCAUAUGGCCUUGAGUCCUUUGGAUGGCACCUUGUACAUCUCAGAUCCCGAAUCACAUCAAAUUAUCCGAGUACGUGACACUAAUGAUUUCUCUCAACCCGAAAAGAAUUGGGAACCUAUUGUUGGUUCCGGAGAACGUUGUUUGCCUGGCGAUGAAGCUCAUUGUGGUGAUGGUGCCUUGGCUAAAGAUGCCAAAUUGGCUUAUCCUAAGGGUAUAGCUAUAUCCAGUGAUAAUAUAUUGUAUUUCGCGGAUGGCACUAACAUACGCAUGGUGGAUAGAGAUGGUAUAGUUAGCACCUUAAUAGGCAACCACAUGCAUAAGUCCCACUGGAAACCCAUACCCUGUGAGGGCACCUUGAAACUAGAAGAAAUGCAUUUACGUUGGCCCACCGAAUUGGCGGUUAGUCCUUUGGAUAAUACUCUACAUAUCAUAGAUGAUCAUAUGAUAUUGCGCAUGACUCCUGAUGGUCGAGUUCGAGUUAUUUCCGGACGUCCUUUGCACUGCGCCACAUCCUCCUCUGUAUAUGAUUCAGAUCUGGCUACCCAUGCUACUCUGGUAAUGCCUCAAUCCAUAGCUUUUGGUCCCCUAGGCGAGCUGUAUGUGGCAGAAAGUGAUUCUCAGCGCAUCAAUCGUGUUCGUGUUAUAGGCACCAAUGGUCGCAUUUCCGCCUUUGCUGGAGCUGAAUCGAAAUGUAAUUGUUUAGAGCGUGGCUGUGAUUGUUUUGAAGCUGAUCAUUAUCUAGCCACCAGUGCCAAGUUUAAUACCAUUGCCGCUUUAGCUGUUACCCCUGAUGGUCAUGUUCAUAUAGCCGAUCAAGCCAAUUAUCGCAUACGUUCCGUCAUGUCCAGCAUACCCGAGGCCAGCAUGUCUCGUGAGUAUGAGAUAUAUGCUCCUGAUAUGCAAGAAAUCUAUAUCUUCAAUCGUUUUGGUCAACAUGUCAUGACCAAGAACAUUUUGACCGGCGAGACCACUUAUGUCUUUACCUAUAAUGUCAAUACCUCCAAUGGCAAAUUGAGUACAGUGACCGAUGCUGCCGGUAAUAAGGUAUUCCUGUUGCGUGAUUAUACCUCCCAAGUCAACUCCAUAGAAAACACUAAAGGCCAAAAAUGCCGUUUGAGAAUGACUCGCAUGAAAAUGUUGCAUGAGUUGAAUACUCCCGAUAACUACAAUGUCACUUUUGAGUAUCAUGGACCUACCGGUUUGCUAAAAACUAAAUUAGAUUCUACUGGUCGUUCCUAUGUCUACAACUAUGAUGAAUUUGGUCGCUUAACUUCGGCCGUUACUCCUACUGGUCGUGUUAUCGACUUAGCUUUCGAUUUAAGUAUCAAGGGAGCUCAGGUCAAGGUUUCGGAAAAUGCCCAAAAAGAAAUCUCCAUGUUAAUCCAAGGCUCUUCAGUGGUGGUGCGUAAUGGUGAGGCUGAAUCCAAGACCAUGGUAGAAAUGGAUGGUUCUACUACCAGUUUAACUCCUUGGGGUCAUUUGCUGCAAAUGGAGGUGGUGCCCUAUCCAAUAUUGGCUGAAAUUUCCCCUAUAAUAGGAGAAUCCUAUCCAGUGCCCGCUAAACAACGUACUGAAAUUUCCGGCGAUUUGGCUAAUCGUUUUGAAUGGCGUUAUUUCGUCCGAAGAUUGCAACAAGGCAAACAGAAUAAGGGUCCCAGAUCUGUGACACAAGUGGGACGUAAAUUACGCGUUAAUGGUGAUAAUGUUUUGACUCUAGAAUAUGAUCGUGAUACCCAAUCUAUAGUGGUAAUGGUAGAUGAUAAACAAGAGCUGUUAAAUGUAACCUAUGAUCGCACCUCACGCCCUGUUAGUUUCCGUCCUCAGUCUGGGGAUUAUGCCGAUGUUGAUUUGGAAUAUGAUCGUUUUGGCCGUUUGGUUACCUGGAAAUGGGGUAAUCUACAAGAAGCCUAUACUUUUGAUCGUAAUGGUCGUUUGAAUGAGAUCAAAUACGGUGAUGGCUCCUCCAUGGUUUAUGCUUUUAAGGAUAAUUAUGGUUCUUUGCCUUUGAAGGUGACAACGCCCAGAAGAUCCGAUUAUCUUCUACAAUAUGAUGAUGCAGGCGCCUUACAGAGUCUAACAACACCUAGGGGUCAUAUACACUCUUUCUCGCUGCAGACAUCUUUGGGUUUCUUCAAAUACCAAUAUUUCUCACCCAUUAAUCGUCAUCCCUUUGAAAUACUCUACAAUGAUGAGGGUCAAAUCUUGGCUAAAAUACAUCCUCAUCAAUCGGGUAAGGGCUUCGUGCACGACAACUCAGGACGUUUGGAAACUAUAUUGGCUGGUUUGUCUAGCACCCAUUACACCUAUCAAGAAACUACUAGUUUAGUGAAAUCCGUAGAGGUUCAAGAACCCGGUUUUGAAUUACGUCGUGAGUUUAAAUAUCAUGCUGGUAUAUUAAAAGACGAGAAAUUACGCUUUGGCUCCAAGAACUCUUUAGCCUCCGCCCACUACAAAUAUGCCUAUGAUGGUAAUGCCCGUUUGACAGGAGUCGAAAUGUCUAUAGAUGAUAAAGAAAUGCCUACUACACGCUACAAGUUUAGUCAAAAUCUAGGCCAACUAGAGGUGGUACAAGAUUUGAAAAUAACACGCAAUGCUUUCAAUCGUACCGUCAUACAAGAUUCCUCCAAACAAUUCUUUACCAUUAUCGAUUAUGAUCAACAUGGUCGGGUGAAGAGUGUUUUAAUGAAUAUCAAAAGUUUUGAUGUUUUCCGUUUGGAGUUGGACUAUGAUCUGCGUAAUCGUAUUAAAUCACAGAAAACUACUUUUGGUCGCUCAACGGCUUUUGAUAAAAUCAACUAUAAUGCUGAUGGUCAUGUGAUUGAGGUUUUGGGUACCAAUAACUGGAAGUAUUUGUAUGAUGAAAAUGGCAAUACUGUGGGUGUGGUAGAUCAGGGAGAAAAGAUCAAUUUGGGUUAUGAUAUUGGCGAUCGUGUGAGUCAAGUGGGUGAUAUAGAGUUUAAUAACUAUGAUGCUAGAGGUUUUGUGGUCAGAAGAGGAGAACAGAAAUAUCGUUAUAACAAUCGAGGCCAGUUGAUUCAUGCCUUUGAGCGUGAACGUUUCCAGACUUGGUAUUACUAUGAUGAUCGCAGUCGUUUAGUGGCCUGGCAUGAUAGCAAGGGUAAUGUUACUCAGUAUUAUUAUGGCAAUCCCCGUUCACCUAUGCUGCUUACACAUAUGCACUAUCCCAAAACGGGCAAAACUUUGAGAUUCUAUUAUGAUGAUCGUGAUAUGUUAAUGGCGGUGGAAACAGCCGAACAAAGAUAUUAUGUGGCUACCGAUCAAAAUGGUUCUCCUUUAGCCUAUUUCGAUAUGAAUGGUGCUAUUCUGAAGGAAAUGAAGAGAACACCAUUUGGCCGUAUUAUUAAGGAUACUAAUCCUGAUUUCUUUAUACCCAUAGACUUCCAUGGUGGUUUGCUAGAUCCUCAUACCAAAUUGGUGUAUACCGAGGGACGUUUAUAUGAUCCUACAGUGGGUCAAUGGAUGACUCCUUUGUGGGAGACUUUGGCUACCGAAAUGUCUCAUCCUACCGAUGUUUUUAUCUAUCGCUAUCACAAUAAUGAUCCGGUUAAUCCCAGUAAACAGCAAAAUUACAUGAUUGAAUUGGAGUCUUGGCUGCAAUUGUUUGGUUAUGACUUAAGUAACAUGCAAAGUUCCAAAUACACCAAAGCUUUGCAAUAUAAUCCACAGGCCUCUAUUAAAUCACAAACUUUGGCUCCUGAUUUUGGUGUUAUAUCGGGUUUGGAAUGUAUAGUGGAGAAAACCAAUGAGAAGUUUAGUGAUUUUGAUUUUGUGCCCAAACCUUUGCUGAAAAUGGAACCUAAAAUGCGUAAUCUAUUGCCAAGAGUUUCAUAUCGAAGAGCGGUAUUUGGUGAGGGUGUAUUGCUAUCACGCAUAGGCGGUAGAGCCUUGGUUAGUGUGGUAGAUGGUUCUAAUAGUGUGGUGCAGGAUGUGGUAUCCUCAGUUAAUAACUCCUAUUUCCUGGAUCUACACUUUAGCAUACAUGAUCAAGAUGUGUUCUAUUUUGUUAAAGAUAAUGUUUUAAAAUUGAGAGAUGACAAUGAAGAACUAAGAAGAUUGGGCGGCAUGUUUAACAUAUCAACUCAUGAAAUCACCGAUCAUGGUGGUUCAGCAGCCAAAGAAUUAAGAUUACAUGGACCUGAUGCUGUGGUUAUCAUCAAGUAUGGCGUAGAUCCUGAACAAGAAAGACAUCGUAUUUUGAAACAUGCCCAUAAAAGGGCAGUAGAAAGAGCCUGGGAGUUGGAGAAACAAUUAGUAGCAGCCGGUUUCCAGGGUAGAGGAGACUGGACCGAAGAAGAGAAAGAAGAAUUGGUAUCACAUGGUGAUGUCGAUGGUUGGAUUGGUGUGGAUAUCCAUAGUAUAUAUAAAUAUCCCCAACUGGCCGAUGAUCCUGGUAAUGUGGCCUUUCAAAGAGAUGCUAAGCGCAAGAGAAGAAAGAUCGGUCAAAACCAUCGUACGGGUAAAAGCCGUAGACAACAGAGAUUAAAAGAUAUGUCAGCGUGAAAUCCAGCUGUUUAUGAAUCAACACAAAACGACAACGAUUUACUACGACAACAACAACAACAACAACAACCACAACAAUAUAAACUUUACGAAAUCUGGCCAGCAGACGAAGACGAAAAUACAAACGAAGAGGAAGCCGUUAACGAAUACGAUUCCGAUUACGAAUACGAAAGUAAUAACCCUAAAAAAGACUUG